AUGACUGAUGUCACAGAAUCCCGGAGAUGUUUCCGUUGUCGUGUUUUAUUUAACACUGACGAUGAGUUUUGGCAUCACAUGCUAAAUGUGGAUUGUGAUGAUUCAAUAAGUGCCACUGCGGUUCAGACUUCGUUGCCGGGUAGUACACAUUCAAACGAUGAAUCACAGUCGGUAUGUGCAUCAGUCAGUAGCUCUUAUGUUGGUGGUCUUCGUGAUGAGAAUUUUCAGGCGAAAGAAGAUUUCCAAAUGAAGUCCACUUCUCCAGAACACCAGUGUAAAAUAGAUUCGUCUCCUGGAGCACUUGGAAGAAAUACAGAUCCACCUGCCUUGAAUACCCAGUCAUCCGUAUUCUGUGAUAUUUGUCAAGUACCACUUACAUCGAUUAAAAAUAAAGAAGAACAUGAGAAUGGUAAAAUGCAUAAAAAGCAUAUUGCAUUGAAGUCAAAAUGCAGUGAAUAUCAGUCAGUCAUUCAGCGUUAUUGAUGACGUACAAGAAGGUUUGUC